UCCGUGGCCGGGAGAGCCACUGCUUCUGUGCGAGGAAAGAAGGGCAAAGUCCGACCCUGGCAUGAAAGUUCGCCGCGCGAGCCGGAGAUAACCCAGCGGUGUCCAGUGUCGCCCCGCCUGGCCCAAAUCUCGCUCGGCGCCAUGGUGCUGGAUAGCUUGGCCCGCAUCAUCAAAGUGCAGCUGCCUGCUUACCUCAAGCGCCUGCCGCUGCCGGAGAGCGUCGGCGGCUUCCUGAGACUCACAGUUUCAGAAUGGCUCCGGUUAUUGCCUUUCCUGGGUGUCCUUGCUCUGCUCGGAUAUCUUGCUAUUCGCCCACUCCUUCCCAAGAAGAAACAGCAGAAGGACAGCUUGAUUAAUCUCAAGAUCCAGAAGGAGAAUCCCAAAGUAGUAAAUGAAAUCAACAUUGAGGAUCUAUGUCACACUAAGGCAGUGUACUGCAGAUGCUGGCGCUCUAAAACAUUCCCUGUCUGUGAUGGCUCUCACAACAAACACAACGAGUCAACAGGAGAUAAUGUAGGACCUUUAAUACUCAGGAAAAAAGAAGUCUAGCAAACUCCUAAGUAUUCUAUGACUGAUGGGAAGUCUACUUGUAUACAUAUUUGUAAGCCUUUCUGUCUUAUAUGUCACAGGGUUAAAUUUUGGAAUAUUUUAAAUUAUCUUAGAUUUAUACUUUGGGCUAGAUGUUUGGUAAUGUGUUUUAUAUAACAAAAAUGUACUAUAUCUAUGCCUUGUAAUCAUCGCAGAAUUAUUUUUCCCAGAACUACAGGAGUUGUAACAAGGAUAGAUAGAUAGAUAGAUAGAUAGAUAGAUAGAUAGAUAGAUAGAUAGAUAGAUAGAUAGACAGACACCUCUAUUCUAAUUACAGAUGUAUCAAUACUACGGAGUUAACAGAUUUUAAACCAGCUGUACUGCCAGAUUGCCACAAAACUGGGAACUGAUUUUUGGAGGUUGUCAAAGAUGAUCAUAAUUUUGGUCUUAAGUGGGUUUAGGAAUUUGCAUACAAACCAGUACUUCAGUUUGAACAUUAAGUGUGUUCAGGAAUCACUUUUAUUCAGAACCGCAGAUAGCCUUCUUUGAGAACGAUUAAAGAGAUAUACAACUAGUAGCAGAGUGUUUUUUGCUUUUCAGAAGUGAUACAGAUUGUAUAUAAUUGGCUUGUCUGUGAUUUAGAAACUAUAGCAUUAUGUAUUGAUGUUUUGAAAUAUAGAAGAGUUCAGUCCAAGAACUACCUAUUUUAUUUGCACAAUUGAUGGUGUUUAGUAAUUACUGCUGCAUUAAAUGAACUAUAGUAAUUAACCUACUUGCUACUAAACCUGCUCUCCCCUUAAACAAAUUAGUUCAUGGUAUAUGAACAGGAUAGCACUCUGAACUUCAAAUAAUCUAAUACUUGUUUUGCACAUUUUCCAAACCUUCUUGGUCUGUAUAUUCAAUCUACCUGUAUGUCUUGUACGUAGUUAAGUUCAGAUUCCCAUGUGCAAGAGUAACAUUAGUUGGUCAUGGCCCACAUUUUACAUAAUAUUAAGCUGUAUACUCUGGAAAAUAUCAGUUGCUCCAAAGGAUUCAGGCAAACUAAUAAAGGAAUAGUAAAUGAUGCUAGAUUAAAGUGUGUACUAACUAUUUUUUAUGUUGAAGAAAUGGGCUGAAAUCAAAAAAAUCUUAGACAUUAUAUAGUCACAGAAAAAGUAAAUUCCUUUUCUCUAUCCUCCUGAAUUUCAGGAAAUUCUCCAUGAACAAAAUCCAGAUUUCUAUAAAAACAGUUUACCUUGUUAGUUAACUAUCUGGUGUAGGGGUUGUUUGUAAAACUUAAAUUCUACAUCUGGUGUCCCAAAUAUUUCCAUUAAUUCUGAAAAUCCCUUGUCUGCAUAUUUAACCGCAGAAAAACAGUUGCUAGAAAUGUACAAAUAUAAUAUGCUUACCAUCAGUUUCUUUCUAGAGAAAUCAUGCAUUUCUACUUAAAGAAAAACACACAACUAAGUAUUCCUUUUGAUGAUCACUUUGUUUCUUAAAAAGCAAUGGUUACAUUUUUUUAUUUUUCUGGUCAUGGAGACCAAGGAUCUUUCUUGAAAUGUAUGAUACUGGACAACGAAAUGAACUAUGAACUGGAUGAAAUUUCAGCAAGUUACAAAAUGACAAAUAAGGUAAACAAAUAUGGACCAACUUCCAGAAUUCCUCAGCCGGUCCACACAUUUUUAAAUUGCCAAGGUUGAAAAACACUGAUCUGAUAUAUCUAUGUGAGGAAAAAAUGUGGAUAACUAAGCCAAUGAGCUAGUUCCUAACUAUGAUUUUUACUGAAAGUAUUCACUGAAAAUAUUUCAUUGAAAAUAUUUUUCUCCAAUAUAACAGGAAAUUAAGUAAUUUUAAGUUGAUACAUAAUGAUGAAGAACUGAGUUGUUGAGUUGUCUCAUAAAAAAGGUUCCAAAAAAUACCACCUUCAAUACUAUCUUGCCUUCUAAUAGCAAAUAUUUUCAACUGUUUUGUAAGGGGACAAGGGGGAGUCCUAUUUGUGUAAGAAAUCCUGAACCUCUGAGUUCUCCUGUUAAAGCAAACACUUCAGGCAAGUUUCUGGUAUGGUUACAUUUUUGGUCACUGUUUUAUCUCUUCAGGCUUGAAGUAAAAUUACUAAUCUCCACAGCAAUUGCGUGCCUGUGGUUGAAACUUGAAGCAGGACAGGUUAUCCUGGCAGCAAAAUAAAUACCUAACUUUGCUCUGGACUGUAAUGACACAAUAUGUAAUUAGGAAAUGACUGUUACCUGAUUUGCCAUUCUUUAUCCGUUCAAAUAAAAAUGCUGAAAUUGUUUGAAGAUUAAAUAAGAUAGUGAAUAAAAUGUGUGUGUGUGUACAUGAAAUAAACUGACAGUGUGUAUUUGGUCUAAAUAAAUAAAAAGAGAAAUUGGUUGGUUGCUAUCAAAUCAUGUGUCGCUUCCUAGUAAUUACAUGGAUAGAUUUUCUCCAAAUGUUUUUUUGUUCAACUUGGCUUUUAGGUCUUUUGCUGUUGUCAUUAAACCUACCUAACUUCCA